AUGAGAAGCCAAGGAGAAGAAGGCAAUGAGAAGCCAAGGAGAAGGCAAGGAGAAGGCAAGGAGAAGGCAAGGAGAAGGCAACGAGAAGGCAACGAGAAGGCAACGAGAAGGCAACGAGAAGGCAACGAGAAGGCAACGAGAAGGCAACGAGAAGGCAACGAGAAGGCAACGAGAAGGCAACGAGAAGGCAACGAGAAGGCAACGAGAAGGCAACGAGAAGGCAACGAGAAGGCAACGAGAAGGCAACGAGAAGGCAACGAGAAGGCAACGAGAAGGCAACGAGAAGGCAACGAGAAGGCAACGAGAAGGCAACGAGAAGGCAACGAGAAGGCAACGAGAAGGCAACGAGAAGGCAACGAGAAGGCAACGAGAAGGCAACGAGAAGGCAACGAGAAGGCAACGAGAAGGCAACGAGAAGGCAACGAGAAGGCAACGAGAAGGCAACGAGAAGGCAACGAGAAGGCAACGAGAAGGCAACGAGAAGGCAACGAGAAGGCAACGAGAAGGCAACGAGAAGGCAACGAGAAGGCAACGAGAAGGCAACGAGAAGGCAACGAGAAGGCAACGAGAAGGCAACGAGAAGGCAACGAGAAGGCAACGAGAAGGCAACGAGAAGGCAACGAGAAGGCAACGAGAAGGCAACGAGAAGGCAACGAGAAGGCAACGAGAAGGCAACGAGAAGGCAACGAGAAGGCAACGAGAAGGCAACGAGAAGGCAACGAGAAGGCAACGAGAAGGCAACGAGAAGGCAACGAGAAGGCAACGAGAAGGCAACGAGAAGGCAACGAGAAGGCAACGAGAAGGCAACGAGAAGGCAACGAGAAGGCAACGAGAAGGCAAGGAGAAGGCAAGGAGAAGGCAAGGAGAAGGCAAGGAGAAGGCAAGGAGAAGGCAAGGAGAAGGCAAGGAGAAGGCAAGGAGAAGGCAAGGAGAAGGCAAGGAGAAGGCAAGGAGAAGGCAAGGAGAAGGCAAGGAGAAGGCAAGGAGAAGGCAAGGAGAAGGCAAGGAGAAGGCAAGGAGAAGGCAAGGAGAAGGCAAGGAGAAGGCAAGGAGAAGGCAAGGAGAAGGCAAGGAGAAGUGCCCGGCAAAGUGCCCGGCAAAGUGCCCGGCAAAGUGCCCGGCAAAGUGCCCGGCAAAGUGCCCGGCAAAGUGCCCGGCAAAGUGCCCGGCAAAGUGCCCGGCAAAGUGCCCGGCAAAGUGCCCGGCAAAGUGCCCGGCAAAGUGCCCGGCAAAGUGCCCGGCAAAGUGCCCGGCAAAGUGCCCGGCAAAGUGCCCGGCAAAGUGCCCGGCAAAGUGCCCGGCAAAGUGCCCGGCAAAGUGCCCGGCAAAGUGCCCGGCAAAGUGCCCGGCAAAGUGCCCGGCAAAGUGCCCGGCAAAGUGCCCGGCAAAGUGCCCGGCAAAGUGCCCGGCAAAGUGCCCGGCAAAGUGCCCGGCAAAGUGCCCGGCAAAGUGCCCGGCAAAGUGCCCGGCAAAGUGCCCGGCAAAGUGCCCGGCAAAGUGCCCGGCAAAGUGCCCGGCAAAGUGCCCGGCAAAGUGCCCGGCAAAGUGCCCGGCAAAGUGCCCGGCAAAGUGCCCGGCAAAGUGCCCGGCAAAGUGCCCGGCAAAGUGCCCGGCAAAGUGCCCGGCAAAGUGCCCGGCAAAGUGCCCGGCAAAGUGCCCGGCAAAGUGCCCGGCAAAGUGCCCGGCAAAGUGAUACAUUUAGCUGUAACAUGA